UGGAAUCCUGUUCCAUCCCUUCAAAAUUACACCACAGAGCUGUGGGAAGUUGUGGGAGACUACCGAAUAUCAGUAAAGGCUCCCUGAUGUCUGCAAGUCAGAUAAAAUCUCCCGGAAUCUGGAACGAGUGGCCAAAGAGGGCGACUAAAUGAUUGCAAAAGGCAUGUUGAGGGAGCAGGAGUGUUUGAAGCAGCGCUUGGUGGAGGAGGACACAGAUGCCUGGCAGACAGACCCAGACUUCAGUGGGCUGAAGAGAGUGGGGGGUGUGGACCUGUCCUUCAUUAAAGGAGACGAGAUCAAUGCCUGCGCUCAACUCGUCGUUCUGAGCUACCCUCAACUAGAGGUGCAGUAUGAGGUCAGUGAGAUGGUCAACCUGAGCGCCCCCUAUAUUGCUGGAUUUCUGGCUUUUAGAGAAGCUCCUCCCCUUUUGCAGCUUCUACAGAGACUGGAAAAAGAGCAGCCCUCUCUAAUGCCACAGGUGCUGUUUGUUGACGGAAACGGUCUCUUUCAUUACAGAGAGUUUGGCCUGGCUUGUCACCUUGGAGUACUUUCGGACUUGCCCUGUGUGGGCGUGGCUAAAAACCUGCUGCAAGUGCAGGGCGUGUCUAAAACUGAUGAACAUUUGUCACAGAUCAGUUCUCUGAAGAAAGCUGGAGACACGUUUCCUCUGACUGCAGCCUCUGGGAGAACACUCGGACAGGCCCUUCGAAGUUCAGGCAGCAGCACUAAACCAGUCUAUGUGUCUGUGGGUCAUCGGAUCAGUCUGGCUACAGCAGUCCGUCUCACACUCUCCUGCUGCCGGUACCGUGUACCUGAACCUAUACGACAGGCCGACAUUCGCUCCAGAGAAUAUUUGCGAACACACUUCCCUCCCGCCAGCUCUGAUUAGACACACACACACACAUACCUGCACAGAUGCUCCCCUCCAGAUUCCCUUCCAUCACCUGUUUGGCCCCACCCAGUUGCGUCAGAAGGGUUGCUCCAAUCUGCAAGGAUGAAGAUGCUACAAGACCUGGGCUGAUGAUGGGACCUACGCCAAAGAAUUUUGUUAAAAUAAAAAAAAAUUGUUUUACUUUGAAUUGUUAAUAUUUUGAUCAAAAAUUAAAGGAUUUUAACUACA